AUGGAUCUGAAAAAAAGAGGAAAAAAAUUGCGGAUCUUCUGCUCCUUCAGUCCGUCGCCCCGUCACUGUUCCACUGCUGGAAAAACCCUACUUCCUUCUGUUGGACUGUUUCAUAUACCAACUUUGUGCAGUUGCAUCAAGAGAACUUCGGGCAUCGGGCCAUUGUCCAGUCGUCAAACCCAGUUUGAAGACUGGAUUUAGGAUCCAUGAACAAGUCGUAGACUCUGCAAGCGCCCCGAGAUGGAGGAGGCGUACAGUGAACUUUACCAGCAGUUUCUUCGCCUCAGGUCGUUGUGCCUCAGGCAGGCAGCUCUGCUUCACCAGCUGACAACAGCCCUGCAGAAACAGCAAGGGGUCUCUGUUCCAGAAGUGGAAGUGAGCGAUCUGAUUUCUAUCCCGGUCCAGUGUUCCCAUGAGGUCCCUGUGUUUCUGUGCGAAAAGCCUCAACCACUGACAUCAGCGGGACCAGACCCCACGCCGCCACACGGGGCUCAGCACGCUUUCAGAAAUGUCGGCUGCGCUUCUGGUGUCCUUGCUGAAGGAAUGUCGAAGCUCAGCAUGAACAUGCCUGGUCAGAGGAUGCAGGAUGUGAAGACAGAGAUGCUGAACCCGUUCAUGUUCAAUACGGAGCGCUGGAAAUACCACGCAGAUUCUCCCAGUAGGUCAAAGCCUUCAGAGCAAAAUGGGCCUGGUGAAUGCAGAGCUCCAUGCACAGCAAUGAUGCCGAUGACUGAUGGAGACCUCCUGAACCUGUCUGGAGGAGCCAUGAUGUCUGACGUGGCGAUGCACUCGCAUGUUUGUGAGUUCUGCCAAGCAGUUUUUCCGGGAGACUCGACCACACGAGGAGAGUUCCUGCGUCACCUUCACACCCAUGUCACAUAGACCAAAGACAAACACUACAGACGAAACAUAUUUAUCCUCUACAGAUCUCUUCAUUUCUGCUUUUUUGGGGGGUUUUUCAGGUCAGUUAAUUAGCUUUCAUGUUAGAGUAAGAAACCCUGAGCAAAAAUACAAAAAGCAAUUUUUAAAUGACAAUUUCUUUUAUUAACAUGACUUAUUAUGCUUCCUUGAACAGGUUCUAUUAGAUCUAUGGUUGAUACAAAACAUGUUCAAUACAUUUUUAUUUGCAUAAAGUCGUUCUUUAAUAAUGAGAUUUUAGUCUGCUCAGUACUGACUAUUUAGAGCUUGGUCAGAAUGAGCUGUUUCAGGGCGUCUUUUUAAAUCCAAAUAAGCUACUGCUGACCUCAACUCAACGCCUACAAAAAUGGCGGCAAACAGAUGUGCAAUUGCACAACCGUACAUCUUUGAAAAGCAGAAGUAGAGCCUCCUGCACAAUCAACAACAAGGCAGCAAGUUGUUUCUAGAUUUUAACAACAAAACGCCUGUCUUUUCCAGCAGCCAUUGUAGAUAUUGCAGUAAAACCAGCUGACCAGACAUGCUGGAGCUCAGCUGGGGGGUUGCUGAGCUCCUGGUGGGGUUGACCCCUUGCAAUCCCUCACCUGGGGUUGCUAGUUGAGGGGUGGUGUCCACUGAUUUGUGACAUUACAUUCGGGAAAAAAAAAAAGAAACACAAUUUGGAAUCUGCAUUCUGUGUUUAGUCAGGUCAUGCUUCAUAAAAUUUGUUACAAAAAAGUGGAAUGAUCUGAAAAUAUUGAAUUCUGACAAAUAAGCAAAACCUGAAGAAAUCUGAAAGGGGGCAAAUACUUGUUCAAGUUACUGCAGUUCUUCUCUCUCUGACAUUAGACUGUGAUGGUGCAAGUACACCUCUAGUCACACAAUCUCUGGGAAGUGUGCCAUUAGCUGUAGUGUGAAAUGAAUAGGAACUGGUUGUUGAGCAUUAGCUGUGUGUGAGAGUCUUUUGAAGUGUUUUACUCAGGGUUUUAUUUGUCCUUUGCAUGUGGGUGUAAAUAAAUUAUCAAUGGAACAAAAA